CAUUACGCCUUCCUAUGUUUUUUUUUUCUCUGCCUUCACCUUAGACUCCAUUAAAUACACAAACCCUAGAAUUUUAUUUUUUCAUGGCGUGAAAUUGGAGUAUUGAUCUCUCAUUUUCUCGAACACAUAUUUCUAUCACUCGUCAUUUUAAACAAGGACUCGCUCUUCAAACCCUAGAAAAUGUCGGGCGGAUUUUUCCGGGGUACAUCGGCUGAUCAAGAUACUCGGUUCUCGAAUAAGCAGGCAAAGCUACUGAAAUCGCAGAAAUUCGCUCCCGAAUUGGAGCAUCUGGUUGAUAUCACGAAGGUUAAGAUGGACGUUUUUAGACCUUGGAUUGCGACUCGGGUAACUGAGCUUCUUGGUUUUGAAGAUGAAGUUCUUAUUAACUUCAUCUAUGGUCUUCUUGAUGGAAAGGAGGUUAAUGGCAAGGAAGUCCAGAUAUCCCUCACUGGAUUCAUGGAAAAGAAUACUGGAAAGUUUAUGAAAGAGCUUUGGAUUCUAUUGCUUAGUGCUCAGAAAAAUGCAAGUGGUGUUCCUCAACAAUUCUUGGAUGCCAAAGCAGAAGAAACUAGGAAGAAAAAGGCAGAGUCAGAUCGGAUAGCAAUUGAGAUUCAGAAGAAGAAAGAUAAGGAAAGUAGAGAACUUGAACAAGAGAGAUUGAGGAAGAUGGACAAUGGGGAUGAAAGAAAGGCUGGUGACGCGGGGUUGGAUUCAUCAUCAAAGAAUAUGCUGCCAAAGGGUUUGAAUGUAUGCCCCAAGGAAGAGAGAGAUGCUGACCGAAGGAAUGGUGUCGGAAGGAAGAGCGUUUCCCGAUCUCCAUGUUCAACUGGUCGUCCUCCAUCCCCUCGGAGACCACAUUCUCGUUCAGUCAGCAGAUCAUUUUCUAAUUCAAGAAGCUAUUCGGAUGGCAAAAAGAAAUCUAGGAGUGUAUCUAGAUCACCUCUACCUCGACGGGGCUCCAUUUCCUUCGAUAAGAUGUAUCUUUCCCCUAGAAGAUCUCCAAGUCCUCGAUCUAGAUAUUCACCUCGAUCGUCACGCUCUCCAGCAAGAAGAAGAUCAUCUUAUUCUAGUCAAACGUCUCGAUCUCUCUCAUCUCGAGGAUCACCAUCUCCUGUUAGGCCUAGAUUGCAUUCUCCUUAUCGAUACAGAUCACCAUCACCCAUCCGGCGUCGCAGGUCACCAUCACCCAUCCGGCGUCGCAGGUCACCAUCACCCAUCCAGCGUCGCAGGUCACCAUCACCCAUCCGGCGUCGCAGGUCACCAUCACCCAUCCGACGUCGCAGGUCACCAUCACCCAUCCGACGUCGCAGGUCACCAUCACCCAUCCGACGUCGCAGGUCACCAUCACCCAUCCGACGUCGCAGGUCACCAUCACCCAUCCGGCGACGUAGAUCACCCUCUCCUAUACGACGUCAUAGAUCACCAGUAUCAAUGCGACAUCGCAGGUCUCCAUCUCUUGUCCAUCAUCAUAGAUCUCCAUCAGAUAUGCAUCAUAUAUCUCAUUCACCUGUGAGCCACAAAUCUCCUCCAUCACUCUUCCGACACAGGUCACCCUCCCUUGUGCAACAGCACCGUUGUAGAUCUUCAUCAACACCAAGACAUAGGUCGUCAUCCCCUGCACGACGUAGAUCACCGGCUUCCAGCCUUAGGUCAAUAACUCCUUCCCAGGGUAAGUCUCCACUUCAUCAAUCAAGUUCUGCCUCUCCUGUGCAAUGUAGAUCUUCACCAGUUAGGAGGCUUCAGAAGGAUCGAAGGUCAUCUUUGCUUUUUCCUGGAGAAAGACAACGAAUGUCUGGGAAGUUGUCUCCUGUCUCUGGAUUUCCCUCACAUCUGAGGAAGCAGUCUACCAGUAAAGAUAGGAGGUCAUCAAGUCCGCAUGACAGUCCUAUGAGACAUUGUAGGGAGCGAAUUGCUUGUGAUGAUAGCUUCAGUCCUGAACAGAAAUCGAGAGAACUGAAAGGUCAGCUGGACAGUAAAGUCAGCGGGAGUAAAAAUGGAGCCAGCAGAAGCAGGCAUUCACCACCAUUGAGUAAGCAGAGGGUUUCUCCUACGAAGGUUCAUACCCCUGAACGAUUGACAGGCAUUCAGUCUACUGAAAUGAGGAAUGACCUUGAAAUGGAGAGCGAGAGGUCUUCUGGAAAAAGGGUUUAUCUGGGAACUUCAGAUCAACAUAGAUCACCUGCAUUAUCUCAGGACUCAUAUCAAGGUGAGAAGCAAAGUUCACCACACCUUGGAGCAGGAAAAAGAUCUGAUGAGAAGAGUCAUUCUCGUCAAAAUAAUAUGAAGGAUGGUGAUAAACAUUGCAAAGUGGAAACCUCACCGAUGGCUCUUGAAAAGGUUGAUCAUAAUAACAAUGGUCUGGAAGGAAGUGAUAAGCACAAAACGAAGCAUAAGGAGAGGAGAAAGCAUAAAAGGUCUAAGAGGCGUGAAGUUACAUCAGAUGAUGAUUCUAGCUAUGAUUCUGAAAUUGAGGAUAGGAAAGAUGCUAAGAGGAGGAGGAAGGAAGAAAAGAGAUUAAGAAAGGAGGAGAAGCGUCGACGUCGCAAUGAACGGCGUCGCAGAAGAGAAGAGAGACAUGCGGAGAAGCUUAAAAUGAAAGGUCGGGAUAAGGAUGAUGAGGAUGAGGAUGCAGAGAAGAGAAAGUCUCAUCCAAGUUUUGAUGAAGAGGCAGAGACUGAGCAGAAGAAGCUUGAAAUUGAGCUAAGGAAUCGGGCACUUGAGUCACUCAAAGCAAAGAAGGGCAUCACUGGCUGAAACUUGUGUUUUUGGCACGAAGAUGUUGUUUCAUCUUUGUUCUUAUUGAACGAAUAUUCAUAUUCAAGUUGCAGUGUCCUUAUAUUGGUCACAGGUUAAUGUAGUUUGUGUUGACUGGACUGGAUUUCUUGAGCUUUUCAAUUGAGUACAACUUUCUGCUGCUAGAUUUCUGGUAAUGACCGUCUUCCCACAAUGAGGAAUUGUUUUCCC